UGUCGAUGCAUACGCAUGAAAAUAUAUUUGUAUACCCAUGCACGAUGCAUUACACGGUGUCGGGGAAUUUCGAAGAAAGACGGGAACACGAGGAUCGCUGAGAACACUGCUGAAUUUUUAUUGCGACGAAAAAAAACGGCCAAAACAGUAUUUUUGGGUCGGACGAUCGAUAAACCAUGGAGCCCUUUCCAUUACGAAAGCAAGUGGAAGUCACGUGAUUCGAGUUUUAAAGCGGUCGAGUGUCGUCUGUUCGAGCUUUUAGGAGUUGGACGAUCCAUUGCAAUGCAUCGAUUCUCACUGCCAAGAUUUUACAGUUUAUAUAUUCCAGAUUAUCUUGAGACAGGAAAAUCAAAAAUCCCUUUAUAUCCGCUAUUGAACAUACAACUGAAAAGUUUCGAUUAUCCAAAGCUGGAAAGUUUCCAGAAAUUGAUUGGUACUUUGACAGAUUCUUUGGACAUCGACAUUGAAAACAGUUGGGCAUUUCCACCAAAGUGUUUGAAGAUCCAAAGAUUAAAGCCACACAGCUCGGUACUCCUGACCGAAUAUUCACUGAAUGAAUACGAGAGAAACAUACAGGUAGAGAUGUCAGCCACUCAAUAUCCCUUGCUAUUGAGAGCGAUGGAAGCAGCGGUGCCAGAAGGAGUAACAUUUUCAAUAGAUUAUUACGAUCCCAAUUACGAACUGAAGCGUUACGUGCCGGACACUGAACUAUUAAAUUUGAAAGCAGAAUUGGAAACAGUGGGGGAUAAAAAUAAAUAACCAGUGAGUUCAGUGAUGUAACAGUUUCAUCCAUUUCUUUUUUUUCCAUUGUGUCUCAUAUAAAAUAUUGGUAUGUGUGUGUAAAAAAAAUCACUAAAAUAUCAUUUUUGAUUGCUGGUUGAGCAAGUAGAACAAUUGUAAUAUAUCUAUGUACAACUAUAAUUAGACUUAACUUUAUAUUAAUAA